AAUCAGGAAGCAGCAGCUGCCCCUGACACAAUGGCUCAGCCUUACGCUUCGGCCCAGUUUGCUCCCCCGCAGAACGGCAUCCCCGCGGAAUACACGGCCCCUCAUCCCCACCCCGCGCCAGAGUACACAGGCCAGACCACCGUCCCCGAGCACACAUUAAACCUGUAUCCCCCCGCCCAGUCGCACUCCGAGCCGAGCCCGGCGGACACGAGCGCGCAGACCGUCUCCGGCACCGCCACACAGACAGAUGACUCAGCACCGACGGAUGGACAGCCCCAGACACAGCCUUCAGAAAACACGGAAAACAAGUCCCAGCCCAAGCGGCUGCACGUCUCCAACAUCCCCUUCAGGUUCCGGGAUCCGGACCUCCGACAAAUGUUUGGCCAAUUUGGUAAAAUCUUAGAUGUUGAAAUUAUUUUUAAUGAGCGAGGCUCAAAGGGAUUUGGUUUCGUAACUUUCGAAAAUAGUGCCGAUGCGGACAGGGCGAGGGAGAAAUUACACGGCACCGUGGUAGAGGGCCGUAAAAUCGAGGUAAAUAAUGCCACAGCACGUGUAAUGACAAAUAAAAAGACUGUCAACCCUUACACAAAUGGCUGGAAAUUGAAUCCAGUUGUGGGUGCAGUCUACAGUCCUGAAUUCUAUGCAGGCACGGUCCUGUUGUGCCAGGCAAACCAGGAGGGAUCCUCCAUGUACAGUGCCCCCAGUUCACUUGUAUAUACUUCCGCAAUGCCCGGCUUCCCGUAUCCAGCCGCCACCGCCGCGGCCGCCUACCGAGGGGCACACCUGCGAGGCCGCGGCCGCACCGUGUACAACACCUUCAGGGCCGCAGCGCCCCCGCCCCCGAUCCCGGCCUAUGGCGGAGUAGUGUAUCAAGAGCCUGUGUAUGGCAAUAAGUUGCUGCAGGGUGGAUAUGCUGCCUAUCGCUACGCCCAGCCGACCCCUGCCACUGCUGCCGCCUACAGUGACAGUUACGGACGAGUUUAUGCUGCCGACCCCUACCACCACGCACUUGCUCCAGCCCCCACCUACGGCGUUGGUGCCAUGAAUGCUUUUGCACCUUUGACUGAUGCCAAGACUAGGAGCCAUGCUGAUGAUGUGGGUCUCGUUCUUUCUUCAUUGCAGGCUAGUAUAUACCGAGGGGGAUACAACCGUUUUGCUCCAUACUAAAUGACAAAACCAUAAAAACCUUCCAAUGUGGGGAGAAAGGAAGCUUUCCGAGGCCUGAGUAUUGCAAUACAUGCAGUAGUGCAUCAUUUUAGCAACUCUAAAAAAAAAAUUAAAAAGAGGAAAAAAUUACAUUUUUUAUCUUAUACCUCAGAUAUUUUGUUCUGUGUAUUUUAAUAUUGUGGGUCUUUAAUUUCUGAAGGUUCCAUAGUUUGGUUGCUGGCUGUAGGAGUUUUUGUGGUUGAUCUAGAGAGACGCUAGAUAUGAAAAAAAAAAAAAAACUGGUUUAGGGCCAUAUCCAGAGUGCUAUAUUAUGUAAAUGAAUUAUAUAUGCUGAAUAUUAAGCUACUGGGGGUAUCAGCUGUUUGGGAAGAGUGUAAGUGACUAUAGUAGUCAUUUUUUUUUUCCUGCAUCUGCAUUAUUUUGUUUUGCGAAAUGGGAGGUUGGGAGGGGCUUAGGGGAUUGGAAUUGGGGUUUGGCUGAAAGAAAAAAAAAAUGUAGUAACUGAUGAAUCUAAACGACCCACUGCACCAACAAUCAUGUAUCAAUGGUUCUAAGUUACUCAUUGCCAAUUCAAGCCAAAGGUUAUUUUGUUAAGGGAGUGCUUCUAGCAGCACUUGUGCAACUGAGUUGAACGAAGCUGUGCAAACCCACCCUUUAAACCAUUCCACCCGGCAGUAUUCAGCUUCUUAACCAGCCGCUAGUUAUUUAGGCAAAAAGAAACCUGCUAGUUAGGCCAUCAACAAGCAUUCUUUUUAUAUUUCUUCCAGUAUAAUAAAUUAUUGAUAUCAUUGCUGACUUUUAUAUUAUGGGAGGGAAAAAAAUAACAUUAAUAAAAAGGUGAUAAAAAGCACUGUUUCUAUUUUUUUCUUUUUUUCCAAAAAAAAGAAAGUAAUAAAAACUUAAAUUCUUUGUACCAGUUAAAAAAAAAUGUAUAAAAUUUACAUCUGUGCAGUGGAGUUGUUAAGUUCUAGAAACAGUCUAUGAAGCUUUAGUUUUAGCCUAAAUAGAACAACUGUUAGAGACAGACGUAUAAUUUUUAUGGAAUUACAUGAUAAUCAUAUUCGGAUUUAUAGAAGCAUUUUACAAGUAUUGCAAUCAUUGAGUAGAGAUAAUCAUGGUAUUUUCAUCAGCUUGGUACUUUUUCAAACAUGACUGCGUUGUGUGAGCAAUCUGCAAUUUUUCAGUCUGUGAGAGCCUGCCCUUCCGCCUCCCCCCAUGCCCAAGGACUAUCUCGAACCAGUUAUCUAUAGUCUUGUCUCCAAGGCCCAGGACAUUUGUCAGAAGGAAGCAAAAAAAAAAAAGUAGAUCCACCCCCGUCAUCUCCAAAGAACAUAGUCCCCCCCACCGUUCUUGGAUGCAGGGCCAGAGUGACACAACCGAAAAAUUGCAGUUUGUCUGUAUUACUUCUGUUUGGACUCUUUCCACGUUGUCCUGUUUACAAGUUAACCUAAGUUGGGGUAUCUGUCACGGGUCUUCCUGUUUUUGUAUUUAAAUAAAAAACACAGCAGCAAGCUGUCCCCGAGUAGUUUUGCUGCCAUAGUAUUAAAUCCUCAUGUGUACAGUGCGGGCCCUGCGGCUUGCACUUUAGUAAGUUAUCAACUCACCGCUGUGAACCUGCCAAUCCGCUGUAACAACUCUGCUUUAAAACAAAACCAAACAAAACUGAAAAAAAAAAAAAAAAAGUGUUUGUGAUCCAGCUUUCUCUUGUCAUCCUAUGUGCAUGCCGUAAGAUCAGUUGGAUAUUAAACCAUCAAUAAAGUUUCACGAGAUUUGAAAACAAAGUUUCUGUAGCUUCGAUAUCUAAGACAGAUUAUUGUUCUCUUAAAAAGAGAGGAGAAAAAAAAAAAAACAAAAGGGGGGGAACUGCUUAGAAGCCAGAAGCAUAGAAAAUGUUCUUUUCACCAAACUUAUGUGGGUGGGGGAGGGGAGGGGCAAGGGGGUGUUUUAUGGCUUCGCUAAGACAUUCUCAUUCCCCCUCCUGGAGAAUGAUGCUGUGACAAUGGGUGCCUGGUGGAUGUUCUUACAGGAAAUACGUUAUUAAGAUGCUGUGGCAUCCCACUCUGGAGGGGAGAAAGAGAGUGUGAACAGGUGGCUAAGGGAGAAGACAUAGAUUUCUCUCAAUUGCCUCAGAGUUCAAAAUCCAGAAUUUACAUUGUGUUUGGAAUCACAAACAUAGACUUCUUACUGUGUUGGUUAAAGUAAAAUUCAUUUGCGGUUUUGAUUUUAAUCAAUGAGCUGUACUUUCCCCCAUGACUGUAUGUAGUUUUAAUAAAAUCAUUUAGAGCAAGUGGGUGCCAACUGAUGUCGCAGAAUCUUUUGUCUAGGCACUCCUCCAAGAUGCCAAUAAGUCAUUUUAAAAUGUAUGUCAGAAAUGUAAACAAACAUUUUGGAUUUUUUUAAACAGUAAUUAUUUGGAAUGUUUUCAUUUAUCUAAAUAACUAUUGCUAUUAUGGAAAAAAAGAUUAAUAUCAUGUGUGGCAUAUAGUGACUUCUUAACACACACAUCACGCAAUCUGCAAACCCAGAAAAUGUGUAUAUCUGUCUUUAGAAAUUAGUGUUUAUAUCACUUACAGUGGUUUGUGAAUAAAGAAAACUGGUUUGUAAUAUCAAAAAAAUAAAAGCUUAGUCUG